AUGCACAUCUACAGCAAAGACCAGCAGGCGUUUCACCUGCAGCGCACCCCGGCGGAGAAGUGGUGGUCGCGCGCGAACACGUUCAUCGUGGUUGUGCAGCUGGCGUGCUUUCUCUCCGUCGUCAUCCGCACCAUCGCGGGCGCAUCGAACUCCAUGUCGAACAGCUUCUUCACCAACUCGGUACUCUCGCUCAAGGCGCCGUACAUUGUGGAUGGCUGCGUGUACAACGUGACGCGGCGCCACGCCUUCUUCAACAAUGUGCAGUACUCGCUGAGUAAAGACAACGUCGGCUACUUUGUGAGCCGUGCCGUGCUGAACAUCCGCUACCUGAUUGCCCUCGCCGCCGUGCACGUGGUCGUGAGUACGACGAACCGACUGUGGUUCGAGACAAACACACACGAAGUCCGUUAUCACUUCGUGGUCUUCCGCAAGGACAUGCUUACGACCUGGGAGAUCCUGCUGAUGGUGCUUAGUUUUGUCGUGACUCUCGGUAUUACAGAGGAAAACCGAAUCAUGACCGACUACAUCAACCACUGCGCCGCCAGCAAGUCCGUCAGCGGCCACUUUUACAACUCGGUACAACCGUACACAGAGCUCGUCGUGUCGUACAUCAUAUCCAUCGCCGCCACAGUGAUCAACGGGGCGUUUGCGGUGUGGAACUUGUCGAAGAAGAACCCGCUCGACCUCAUGCUGCGCGAGGCGAAGCGGCAGCAGGAAGAGUGGAGGCAGGCGAUGGAGCAGUACUACGGGCUGGGCAACCCGGACGCCACCACCGCCGCGCAGUCAGAGGGGUGGGCCGGCGGCACGCAGCCACAGAUAAUCUACGCCGACAACCGCGCCAGAACCGUCAGCCCCAGCGCAGAUGCAGCAGCCGCGCUCCCUGUGAGCGGCAACGAGUUAGCCAAGGCGGGUGAGGCAGACCCGCUACAACAUCACCGCCACGGCCAUCACCACUCCACUCGCAAGAGACUCGGCCACCGCUUAAAUGCCAUCUCGUCAUCGCUGCGGCGGCGCUCGCACUCCGAGGAGGAACUGAAGCUGAGCGCGCCACAGACGCCGCCUCAGUUCACCUCGGCGCCUCCUCAACAGCAAGUGCACCUCGAGCAGGAGCUGCCGCACUUUGGCCCGAGCGUCAGCCGCCCACUAACGCCGAUCUUGAACGAAGAGUAUGACCAGGUGGAAAUACCAGAGGUGCGGCAGCAGGGAGUGGGUGAAGGUGCCCUCGGUGAUCGUGUACGACCCACGGCUGCGAUGAUGGGCGACCCCGGCGCCGUUAUAGAGUCCUCCAACUCCGGACGGUACGACUUGCACGAGGUUAAUGACGAUGAGGACGAUGAGCGCGGUGGCCAGGCCUCCUAUAGUGUUGUAGGUGGUGCUAGUGGUGUGGCCGGCGGUCUUCGUGUUCGCGGCAUGAGUGGUUCGGAAGCGUCGACGACGCUUGUAGCUGCCCACCUCGCCACCAUGCCGCCACCGCCGCCCGUGCACAGUGGUGAUCGUCAGCAGCAAGCGCAGAUGAGCCGAGGUCAGAUGUUGGCACCGCCGUCUCCGCUGCAGGGCGGGGCCGAGACGACAGACGACACGGUGCACUUGUAG